AAAACUCAAGAUGUAACAAAAUUGUGUUGUUAUGCUGAGUGUGCACGCCUUUGCCUCUCAGCAGCCGAGACGAGAGCUUAGCUAGAGAACCUGCCUAGCUUUCUCGCUCGAGCUAGCUCGAGCUAGCCUCUCAGGUUUCUAGCCAUGCUGUCAGAGGCAAACUCCCCAUGCUCAUACCAGGUCAUACUCGCUCGUUUAGUCUUUGCACUCGCCACGUUACUGUUAUGCUUCAGAUACUUCAGGGCAUGCUUAUUAACUGGUCGAAAUUAUAUUUUCGGAAGUCCGAAAUUGUUGAGGUAAAAAAGCUUAGCUUGCCGUUAUGACAGCAAGCAGCUGAGUAUGGGGAUUCCCUUGUUUGCUUGUUUCGUGGGCUGGAGACGGCGAGUGUCACACGAACGUACGGCGGUGUCAAGUGUUGUGACAGGUUGAGAAUAGUCAAGAAAAUGUGUGGAAGGACAAACGUCAAUAUGGCAAAGCCCUCCUCACUGCUUUUUGUCGUCUCGUAGUUUGCCAACUCAUGCACAUACUCUAGCUAGCUACGAGCUGUUAAAACCUGCUGCUUCAUCAUAACUGUGCGUAAAAGGGGCAAGCGCAAGCCAAGCAGCGGAUUCCAGAGCGAGAUCAGAUCAGCCAGCGGUGCAGUGGGAAGCGGCUCUCGUGGCAUGACGACCACAAACAAGGGAAGCAAAGCCUUGAAGGUGAAGCGGGAGCCGGGGGAGAAUGGGACCAGCCUGACGGACGACGAGCUGGUCACCAUGUCCGUGCGCGAGCUGAACCAGCACCUGCGGGGGCUGACCAAGGAGGAGAUCCUGCAGCUGAAGCAGCGCCGGCGCACGCUGAAGAACCGCGGCUACGCGGCCAGCUGCCGGGUGAAGCGCGUCACCCAGAAGGAGGAGCUGGAGAAGCAGAAGGCCCAGCUGCAGCAGGAGGUGGACAAGCUGGCCACGGAGAACGCCAGCAUGAAGGUGGAGCUGGACGCGCUGCGCUCCAAGUACGAGGCCCUGCAGAGCUUCGCCAGGACUGUGGCGCGCAGCCCUGUCGCCUCCGCCCGGGGGCCCAUGGCCUCCGUCAUCGGGCCCCUCGUCCCAGGGCAGGUGGGGGCCACCAGCGUCAUCACCAUCAUCAAGUCCAAAACAGAGGCCAGGUCAUAGUCGCCGGAGGGGCCGUGCCGCUGAGCGGUGCCUCGUCACGCCUGCUCUCGUCAGUGCAUUCUAACGGACCACAGGAUUGGCUACGUGGCUCAUUCGCCUCUUCUUCUACCUUUUUCUAUUCUGGGUAGUCGUUCUCAAACUAAAUGCCAGCCUCUAGAACACUCUCAGCCUCUGUACCAACCGUACCACAGUGUACUAUAGCACAUGCAGACAUGUUCACCUUUUAUUUAUCACCCUGGAUUUCAUACUAAAGAUUACAUGAAUCCAGGACUCCUGUUUUACGAUUCCUGAUUUGGCAUUGAACUCAAGCUCUUUGAUUUGUGUUCCUUAUUUUCCUCAUGGUGCUUAUUUAUGUGAUUAUGUUAUUUAUAACUGUAUGUAUUCCCAAGAUUGGCUCUAGGGUUAACCCUAAAAAGAUAUUGUUCCGUCCUAAAACAGGAUUUCUUACGUUGAUGCUUUUUUUCUUCAACCCUUCUAGUCGCAAGGGGUUGGGAUCACUUCCUUACCGUGUCACGAGUCUGAAAGGACUCCGAGGAGGCCACCUGUGUUUGUUAGCAUGCACUGACUGCUGUGAUGAUGAGCGACUAAUACGCUUAUGUGAUGGAUGUCUUGUAAGCAGCCUCACUAACCCAAGAACAAGACUAGUACUUUGGCCCAAUUGACCUAAAUCAUCCUAAAUCUGUCCUUGUGGUUUUAAAUGUCUGGGGGGGGGGAGACACGACAAAAACAAAGAAUUACUGGUGAUAAGUUAAGCAUUCAUUUGAGUUCAGUUCCACUCAUCAGAGACUUCUAUGAACAUGUCAUAGUCAGUGUGACCAUUAGAUGCAAUAAUAUACGUAUGCACUGAAAAAUACUAAAGGUCUGUCAGCGUUUUGGUAAAUGGAAUCGUUCCAAAUGUUCAACAAAUGAUAAUGGAACACACCGAGUCGUAUUGUUCCGCUGAAGUCUAGAGUGCCAUUCCGAAAUGACGCGACAGCGUUUCAGAGAGCCUGAAUGUCUUUAUCUCCAUGGUUUGAGGAUACAUUUGAAACCAACGAAUCAAACGAGACUUCCAUAGAGAAAAAAGCUUUUAAACUGUUAUGUUCAAAAAUAUUUAAGAAUGUGUCGUUUUUCUUUUCCAGUGUUAACAUGUGGAUGGACAUAUUUCCAAAAGAAUAUUCACACAAGCUUUACUGUUUAACUGUCAAAUGUGUGCAUUGUAGUAGUCUUUGUCGAACUACAAGUUCUUGAUUUUUAUGAAUGCAUUGAGUACCUUGCAUUGUUUUUAGAAACACUCGAAAAAAAUGACAUAAAAACAUGUGAUCCUUUUUGCAAUUGUACCAAAAGUGGCUUACUAUUGAAGUCUGAUAGCUUUUUCUAGUGACUAGGCGAGUGGAGUAGCGCGUUACGUGACGUGUAAGUGACAAGUUGGCAGUGUCGUUCACUGUAUAGAUGUCAAUGCUGUACUAUUUAAACAAAUCUGUAGAGCUAAUCUAGGUGGUGUAAACAAGGUCAGUGGUAUUCUUCCCUAUGGGCAUAUGUGAUAUCUCCUCCGCUCGAUGUUACUUCCACUAUCGUUUCAUUAUUGCAAGUUCCGUACGUUCAACCGUGCUCGAGAGAAAUGGGUUAGGUGACCUGAUGACCAGUUAGCUUUUGAGGAGAUACAGUCAGUUUUUUGUUGUCCCAGAACAAACGGUUAAAUGGGCGUCCACCGAAGGCUGAAUGCACUGUUCUGGUCGUCUUCUGAGAGGAACAUAUGGACUGGAAUUCUGGAGCAUUCCAGGUUGCCUGGUUUCAUGUAUGCUAAAGGCUCUAUUGUAUUCCAAUACCAAAGGGUCACGUAUGCAUUGCCUCUGUGCUUUGGGGAUUAAACAGAAUGAGUCUUGUUAUUUCCUACGAAACAAGACAUGCUCGCAAUUGGCCAAAUUAGCUUGUGAAAAGGAACAGGCUUGCGUUGACCUCUAAGAGUAGACAAACGUUUAGUGAUCUGUUGCAUAACAAUGAUCCUGGAGGCCAUGGUUUGGAUGGCCUUUUCCAAAUGUUGUCUCCCCCAAACUGGAGCCUCAUCAACUGUCUCCCAAAAGGAGGAUAGCGCCAAGCAUACACAAGUGACCUAGCAAACCACUUGUCUUCAGACAGGUUCUCCUCACGGUUUGCGUGAGGUCGUACAGUGAAGUACAUGCACUAAUCCUUUGCUUGCUUUGCUCAGGACAAAAUAAGGUUGGCCUAAAAACAAACCACUUUUGAAACAAAGAGUCGGAACGGCAGCUCUGUUCAUCGUUUUUACUGUGUCAUAAAGGGCUUGGGUUCACACAGAGAGAGAGCAAUCAGAAAGUGCUGCCAGGGAGGCAUUUUACGUGCCAAGUCACUGCUCUACCCUCAAACAAGGCCUCCUGUUAAAGUGCUUCACACCCCAAGGUGAAAGUCUUCUCGUGCUCACGUGAACACAAUUUUAAGUAGUCACAAUGGCCGGGUUUCCCAGAUUCGUUAAGAAGCUCUUAACGCUCAGAGCUUCUUAGGAGCAUUCUAAGAACGCUC